GCUGGUCUGGGUGUUAAUCUAGUUGGAAAUACCUAUCGGAGUUGUCGUGUUGGAAACAGACGAAGGAUCCAUCAUCUCUUCCGGAGCAAAGAUAAUGAUAAUGCUGUUAAAUUCAAUCAAACAUGCGGCAAAAUCCAGUCCAAUUCUCCUGCUGAAAAAUGGUAAUCGUAAUUCUGAUUCUUACUCUUACUCUUGUUUGAUCCUCUCCCAAUCUCGCUCUCCCAACAACUCCUCAUCACCCCAUCAUCUCAACCUGAGCGCCGCGGACGUGGUAGCAUCCUUCAAGGACUGGUUCAAGGCUCGGAACACAGCUCUCCUCGACCGCAUUUUCACCAUCCUAAACUCCCAAGGCCAAGCCGCAUUGGACGAUGCAUCCUCCAGGCGUGCCGCUGACCUUGCUCUGUCCCACCUCAACCUCCGUCUCUCCGAGACCUUUGUCCUCCAGGUCCUCUCCUACGGCCGCACCUCCUCGCAAGAUGUUCUCUCCUGCCUCAAGUUCUUCGACUGGGCAGGCCGCCAACCUGGGUUUUACCACACCCGAGCCACCUUCCAUUCCAUCUUCAAGAUUCUGUCGAAAGCGAAGCUCAUGUCUUUGACGCUUGAGUUUUUGCAGGAUUAUAUGGCCCAUAGGUACAUUCACAAGGUCAGGUUCCACGACACUUUGGUCAUGGGCUAUGCCAUUGCAGGGAAACCAGAGAUGGCACUCCAGCUGUUCGGCAGAAUGCGGUUCCAGGGUCUUGACUUGGAUGACUUCGCCUUCCACGUGCUUUUGAAUGCUCUUGUAGAGGAGAGUUGCUUUGACGCCGUUGACAUGAUUGCUAAGCAGAUUUCUAUGAGGGGUUUGGAGAAUGACAUGACCCACUCCAUCAUGCUGAAAUUCUGGUGCAAGCAGAAUAAGUUGGAUGAGGCGGAGGCCUACUUGCGUCGCUUGGCGGAGGGUGGGAACCAUGUUGUUGGGCAUGGUCUCAGUGUGAUUGUGGAUGCGCUUUGCAAGUGUAAGAAGUUCAAGCAUGCCGUCACCUUGUUGGAGGAGUUUAGGGAGCUGAAUGUGCCAAUGGAGCAAGCCUAUGGGAUGUGGCUUAGAAAUCUUGUGCAACAUGGGAGGUUAAAUGGGGCUUUGGAGUUUCUCAUGAGCAAGAAAUCAUUAGACGGAUAUGUUCCUGACGUGUUUCGAUACAAUUUUUUGGUGUUAAGACUAUUAAGGGAGAACCGCCUUGAGGAUGUUUGUGAUUUGUUAAUUGAAAUGGAGGAAGAUGGUAUUUUACCUGAUAAGGUUACCAUGAAUGCUGUUUUAUGUUUCCUUUGUAAGGCUGGGAUGGUGGAUGUUGCCAUUGAGUUGUAUAACUCCAGGUCAGAAUUUGGACUCUCGCUUAAUGGCAUGGCUUAUAACUAUUUGAUCAAUGUCUUAUGUGGAAAUGGGGGUAUUGAUGAAGCUUACCAUGUGUUAAGAAAUUCAAUUGAUGAAGGUUAUUUCCCUGGUAAAAAAACCUUCGCUAUUCUUGCGGAUGCCUUGUGCAGGGAGGGAAAACUUGACAAGAUGAAGGAGCUGGUGGUUUUUGCCCUAGAGCGAAAUGUUAUGCCCAGCAAUUCUCUAUAUGACAAGUUUAUUGAAGCUCUGUGUAAAGCAAAGAGGGUUGAAGAUGGAUAUUUAAUACACGGUGAACUUAGUAGAAUAAACAAAGAUAUGGCAAGGAGUACUUACUUUCACUUGAUUCAGGGUUUUAACAAGUCAAAUAGGGGAGAUAUUGCCGCAAGAUUACUACUUGAAAUGCAGGAGAAGGGCCAUAGAGUAACUAGAAAAUUGUUUAGAACUGUUAUCUGUUGCCUGUGUGAUAUGCAAAGUCCGGAAAACCAGUUCUUCAAAUUGCUGGAAAUCCAAUUGUCUCGUUGUGAACCUAGCUCUCAUACUUAUGACUUCUUCAUUGAUGGAGCUGGUCAUGCCAAAAGGCCUGAAUUAGCUAGAGAAGUAUUUGAGAUGAUGCUAAGAAGUGGGAUUAAGCCCGCUCUGAGUUCCGACGUUCUUAUGUUGCAUAGUUACCUAAGGAAUGAUAGAAUUUCUGAUGCUCUAAAUUUCUUUAAUGAUGUACGCCAGAGAAGAAGGAUAGGCAGAAGACUAUAUAGUUCCAUGGUCGUUGGUCUUUGCAAAGCCAACAGGGCAGAUUAUGCAUUGAAAUUCAUGGAAGAAAUGAGGGCUAAUAAUGUAUUUCCAAGUAUGGAAUGUUAUGAGUAUCUUAUACAGCUGCUGUGCUCAAAGAAAUGCUAUGAUUUGGUUGUAGGUCUUGUUAAUGAGUUGGAGAAAACUAGGGGUCAUGUUACAUCUUUUAUUGGUAAUGUACUUUUGUUACAUUCUUUUAGGACUAAAGAUCUGUAUAGGGCUUGGAUUCGAUUGAGAGGUGUGCAAGAUGAGACAUCAGAUGUUUCAUUGCUUGGGCAACUCAUUGGAGUAUUUUCCGGUUGUAUUGAAGUGAGCCAAGAGGUUGAGAGGUUGGAAGAGAUGAUUGAAGUGUGUUUCCCACUGGACAUCUACACAUACAAUUUGCUAUUGAGGAAACUAAGUGUAAGCGAUGUGGACCAUACUUGGGAGUUGUAUGACUGGAUAUGCCAGAAGGGGUAUGAGCCGAAUCGAUGGACUUACGACAUCAUAGUACAUAGUCUCCUCAGAAAGGGGAGGAGGGAUGAGGCCAGCAGAUGGGUGGAGGAGAUGUUUAGAAAAGGGUUUGAUCUAACGGAGAAUACCAAACUGUUAAUCUAGCAGUUUCUUUUUGGUAAAACUACAAUCUAGGUAUUCAAUAGUAGCUAAUCAUUCAGAAUGUCUUUGUGAAACUGUAGAGAGAUGGACAUGUUGGAGGCCUGAUUCGAUUGAUUUAUGUGGAAUCAAUAGUCAUUUCUUUUUUGUAUAAUGCUGUAUUGGCAAUCAAUUGUCAUUUCUUUUUUGUGUAAUGCUGCAUUGACUAUGGGUGAACUUGGUCUUCUGUUUAUACCAUGAAUGUUUUGCCUUCUAAUCAAACCAAUUGAACUGUAUUCUGUUCAAAAUGUCCUUCGAUUAGAACACUACAGGAGCUACUUCUUUUUUU